AUGCUGCGGGGCAGAUCGCUAUCUGUGACAUCCCUGAGUGGGCUUCCUCAGUGGGAAGUUGACAUACUUCCUGUGGAGGAUUUACUGCUCUUUGAAGUUGCUUGGGAAGUGACUAAUAAAGUUGGUGGCAUCUAUACUGUGAUUCAGACAAAGGCUAAAACAACAGCAGAUGAGUGGGGAGACAAUUAUUUUCUGAUAGGUCCAUAUUUUGAACAUAAUAUGAAGACUCAGGUAGAAAAAUGUGAACCCAUAAAUGAGGCUGUUCGAAAAGCAGUGGACUCAAUGAAUAAGCAUGGCUGCCAGGUGCAUUUUGGAAGAUGGCUAAUAGAAGGGAGUCCUUAUGUGGUGCUAUUUGAUAUCGGCUAUUCAGCUUGGAAUCUGGACAGAUGGAAGGGUGACCUCUGGGAAGCAUGCAGUGUUGGCAUCCCUUAUCAUGAUCGAGAAGCCAAUGACAUGCUGAUAUUUGGAUCUUUAACUGCCUGGUUCUUAAAAGAGGUGACAGAUCAUGCAGAUGGUAAACACGUUAUUGCCCAAUUCCAUGAGUGGCAGUCUGGAACUGGACUGAUCCUUUCCCGAGCCCGGAAACUUCCUAUUGCAACAAUAUUUACCACCCACGCCACUCUGCUUGGGAGGUAUCUAUGUGCAGCUAACAUUGAUUUCUACAACCAUCUAGAUAAGUUUAAUAUAGACAAAGAGGCCGGGGAAAGGCAGAUUUACCACCGGUACUGCAUGGAGCGAGCCUCUGUUCAUUGUGCUCAUGUUUUCACCACAGUUUCUGAAAUAACAGCAAUAGAAGCAGAACAUAUGCUGAAGAGAAAACCUGAUGUGGUUACUCCAAAUGGCUUGAAUGUUAAGAAAUUUUCAGCAGUGCAUGAGUUUCAAAAUCUACAUGCCAUGUACAAGGCCAGGAUCCAAGAUUUUGUUCGAGGUCAUUUCUAUGGUCAUCUUGACUUUGAUCUUGAGAAGACUUUGUUCCUUUUCAUUGCUGGGAGAUAUGAAUUUUCGAACAAAGGAGCUGACAUCUUCCUAGAAUCCUUAUCCAGGCUAAAUUUCCUGCUGAGGAUGCAUAAAAGUGACGUCACAGUGGUUGUGUUUUUCAUUAUGCCUGCCAAGACAAAUAAUUUCAACGUGGAAACUCUGAAAGGACAAGCAGUGCGAAAACAGCUAUGGGACAUUGCACAGUCUGUGAAGGAAAAGUUUGGAAAGAAACUCUAUGAUGCAUUAUUAAGAGGAGAAAUUCCUGACAUAAACAACAUUCUGGAUCGAGAUGAUCUAACAAUUAUGAAAAGAGCCAUCUUUUCAACUCAGCGACAUUCUUUGCCUCCAGUGACCACUCACAACAUGAUUGAAGAUUCCACUGAUCCCAUCCUCAGCACCAUUAGACGUAUUGGACUUUUCAACAGCCGCACAGACAGAGUUAAGGUGAUUUUGCACCCAGAGUUCCUAUCCUCCACCAGCCCUUUACUACCCAUGGAUUAUGAGGAGUUUGUCAGAGGCUGUCAUCUUGGAGUAUUUCCAUCAUACUAUGAACCCUGGGGCUAUACUCCAGCUGAAUGCACUGUGAUGGGUAUCCCCAGUGUGACAACAAACCUCUCUGGCUUUGGCUGUUUCAUGCAGGAGCAUGUGGCUGAUCCGACUGCGUAUGGUAUUUACAUUGUUGACAGGCGGUUCCGUUCUCCAGAUGAUUCUUGUAACCAGCUGACUCAGUUUCUUUAUGGAUUUUGCAAACAGUCACGCCGUCAGAGAAUUAUCCAAAGAAACAGAACUGAGAGGCUCUCAGAUCUUCUGGAUUGGAGAUACUUAGGCAGAUAUUACCAGCACGCCAGGCAUCUGACAUUGAGCAAAGCUUUUCCAGAUAAAUUCCAUAUGGAACCAAUAUCACCACCAACGACAGAAGGAUUUAAAUACCCCAGGCCUUCCUCAGUACCACCUUCUCCUUCAGGGUCUCAGGUCUCUAGUCCUCAGAGCAGUGAUGUGGAAGAUGAUGAGGAUGAGCGAUAUGAUGAGGAAGAGGAGGCUGAAAGGGAUCGGUUGAAUAUCAAGUCACCAUUUUCUCCAGGGCAUGUUCCUCGUGGCAAGAAAAAGCUACAUGGUGAAUAUAAGAACUGA